AUGGUCAAAUAUCUCCAGGUACAAUGGUCACUCUUGUUCUUCAUCAUGCUCGAUUUGGUGCUCCUGUCUGUUCCAGAUGCUCGAGAGUGGUGGCCACCAUAUGGAAUUAUUAAGAUCAAAUGUCCUUAUAAGAAAGUAUAUUUGAGUUGGUUCAAUAAAACGGUGGACCCCUGCCCUAAUGUAAAACAGCCCAUCUGUGGCACCAAUUUUGUGACCUACGCGAAUCCCUGCAUUUUGUGUCUUGAGAGCUUGAAAUCUCGUGGAAGAAUUCGGUUUUACCACGAUGGAAGGUGCUAG